CCCUAACCCGAUUCGACUUUUCGACAAUCCGAAAUUUAGGUAACCAUGUUCAUUGAAUUUAUCGUUCCACACAUUCGAAUCACUGAGUCCUAGGUAGAGACGAAUUCCCUGAUGCACAUUUUGAAUUCGGUUUGCGUAUUGGUCUUCGAGUUUUCCGUCGGCGGCCAUGGACGCGUUCAAGGAGGAGAUAGAAAUCGGGAGCUCGGUGGAGUCUUUAAUGGAGCUAUUGGAUUCACAGAAGGUGCUUUUCCAUAGCCAGAUCGAUCAGCUCCAAGAUGUCGUCGUUGCGCAAUGCAAACUUACCGGCGUUAACCCCCUUGCACAAGAAAUGGCUGCUGGUGCUCUGUCCAUUAAAAUUGGAAAGCGGCCAAGAGACUUGUUGAAUCCAAAGGCUGUUAAGUAUCUACAAGCAGUUUUUGCAAUUAAAGAUGCUAUUAGUAAGAGGGAAUCUCGGGAGAUAAGUGCUCUAUUUGGCAUCACAGUCGCCCAGGUUCGAGAAUUUUUUGUUACUCAAAAGACAAGAGUAAGGAAACAGGUAAGGCUUUCAAGGGAGAAGGUAAUUGUGUCCAAUACGCAUGCUUUACAAGAAGAUGGUGUUCUGGAAAAUAGCAAUGCCACAAAUCAUGUUGAUCCCGUACCUUUGAACUCUACACAUCCGGAGGCAUGUUCAAUAAGUUGGGGUGAAGGUGAAACAGUGGCAUUUAUGCCACCGGAGGAUAUUCCACCUGACAUCAGUGAUUCAGACAAAUACUUUGUUGAGAAUAUAUUUUCUCUGCUGCGUAAAGAGGAAACAUUUUCAGGCCAGGUGAAAUUAAUGGAGUGGAUCAUGCAAAUACAAGAUGCUUCUGUGCUGAUCUGGUUUUUAUCAAAAGGAGGGGUUUUGAUACUUACAACAUGGUUGAGUCAAGCUGCUAGUGAAGAGCAAACAAGUGUCUUACUUCUUAUCCUGAAGGUUCUCUGUCAUUUGCCUCUCCACAAAGCAUCUCCUGAAAAUAUGUCAGCCAUACUACAAAGCGUUAAUGGACUUCGUUUCUAUAGGACGUCAGACAUAUCAAACAGGGCAAAAGGUUUGUUAUCAAGGUGGACUAAGUUAUUUGCGAAAAUCCAAGCUAUGAAGAAACAAAAUCGUAACAGUUCGCAAAUUGAUUCGCAGAGUCAAUUGCUUCUGAAACAGAGUAUUGCUGAAAUCAUGGGUGAUAGUAGCAAUCCUGAAGAUAUUCUUAGUCUCUCAAAUGGAAGGUCAGAGAAUGUCAGGAGGUUUGAAUCGUCACAGGGUCCAAAACUGUUGCUUACUUCUGCAGAUGAUUCCACCAAGAAACAAAUGCUUGGUUCAAAUCCAUCAUAUAACAAAGAACGCAGGAAAGUACAGAUGGUGGAACAACCAGGCCAAAAAGCUGCUGGAAAGAGUCCUCAGACAGUAAGAAUAGGAACUUCAGGUCGAAGCCGCCCUAUGUCUGCUGAUGAUAUUCAGAAAGCAAAGAUGCGUGCCCUUUAUAUGCAAAGCAAGAACAGUAAAAAGGAUCCUUUACCAAGUGCUAUUGGUGAUUCGAGAGCUGUAGUUCCUGAGAAGCCCUUGGCUCUUCAGUCCGCCAAGGAUUCUCUACCUAGUCAGAACAAUGAAGCUAAGUCUGAAGAUACACCUGUACUUUCAGCUGUUCAGCCCGUCAAUGAACCUUUGGCUGGUCAGGCCGUCAAUGGACCUUUGGCUGGUCAGCCCGUCAAUGGACCUUUGGCUGUUCAGCCCGUCAAUGGACCUUCGGGUGGUCAGCCCGUCAAUGGACCUUCGGCUGUAAUUGUCCCGGUACAAGCUGAUGAGAUUAAAAAACCUUCAACACCUCCUAAAAGCAUUUCUAGUAAGGUGGGAGUUAUGAUGAAAAUGAGUUCACAAACUAUUCUCAAGAAUUGCAAGAGAAAACAGAUUGAUUGGCAUGUACCACUAGGAAUGGAACUUGACGAACUCUGGAGAGUGGCCGCUGGUGGUAAUAGCAAGGAGGCUGAUGUUCAGAGAAACAGAAACCGGCGAGAAAGAGAAACAUUGUAUCAGUCUCUUCAAACUAUACCGUUGAACCCUAAGGAACCAUGGGACAGGGAAAUGGACUAUGAUGACAGUUUGACCCCUGAAAUUCCAUCUCAACAGCCACCAGAAGAAAGUUUAACGGAACCACAGGAUUCACUUGAUGAACGAAGAACUGCUGCUGGUGCUGCCACAACCUCUUCAUCUCUAAGCAGUCCCGAACCUGAUCUCGAGUUAUUAGCUGCGUUACUUAAGAACCCAGAUCUUGUUUAUGCACUGACUUCGGGAAAGCCCAGGAAUUUAGCCGGACAAGAUAUGAUAAAACUUCUUGAUGUGAUUAAGACUGGUGCACCACACUCAAGCAGUAGCUCAAAUAAACAGGUUGAAGAAAGGGUCGAAGUUUCUCUUCCAUCUCCCACUCCAUCAACUAAUCCUGGAAUGAGUGGAUGGGGACAAGAAGGGAUUCGGAAUCCAUUUUCAAGGCAAAACCAAGUUGGUGCUGCAGUUGCUAGAUCGGGUGCUCAGCUUCGUGUUGCUUCAAUGCAAUGGCAUCAAACAAAUGAACAAUCGAUCCCACGACAUGCUCCAUCAGCAUAUAGUAACUCGAUCACAUUGGCUCACACAGAAAGAGAACAACAACAAUAUAUGCAAGCAAAACUUCAUCACAAUUUACAUCUUCAACAACAACAACCAAUCUCAACAACCUCGUAUGCAGUUAGGGAACCGGUAGGACAAAUGGGGACUGCUACAUCGGGUUCAUGGAGGUCCCAGCAGAGUCAGAACAGUUACUACUCACAUCAAGAAAAUGAGAUUGCAUCGGCUUCACAAGUUUCUUCAUACCAAGGGAAUAACCAGUACAUGAGUAGCAAUCCAGGAUAUGAAUCUUGGAGUCCUGAUAAUAGCCCAAGUAGGAACCAUCCUAACAUGAGGGGACAACAACAACAACAAGCAGCAUCAAGGAAACAUGAUUCUUCUACUCAUCCUUAUUGGAACCAAAACAAAAGAUGGCGUUAAACCAUAUAUAUGAGAACUUUGGUCCUCAAUAUUUGUUUGUCAAGGUUGAAUUAGCAUUUUACUCUCUUCAGACACAGAUUUUCAUUAUUAACUCGCAACAGAUUCACAAGAGAUAAGAAACUAAAAGAAAGAACGGAUAAAAAGUUGUUACUGUCUCAA